AAGGAACCGGGCAUAAAGAAAGUGUCUGCUUGGAGGGCAUUGUGAUAGUGUCCUGUCCCAGGAAGCUGUCGCCCUAAACUUUUGCGGUUUCGAAAAAAGGCCGACAUCCGCAGCCUGCAGAAGUCUGGAGGAAUCCAGUGACAUUGCUUGACUGACUGAGGCUGAGCAUUCCGGCUCAGAUCAAGAUGCAGUGGCUAUUUCUGGUCCUGGGACUGGCCUCGACUCUGCCGGCCCUGGUCUUUGGCUCGUUUCUGAAUGGCCAGUCCAUUAAAGAUGCUCUGGCCGAAUACACACUGACUGACAUCUUGAAUAACAACCAAUUUUCGGGCAUCGAGUUCGGGCAGGCGGAGGACGGGUUCCCCGCCUUCCGGUUCCUGCCGACGGCGGACGUGAUGUCGACGUACCGCAUGGUCCUGCCGGAGAAGCUCUACGAGUUCACCAUCCUGAUCACUUUCCGGCAGAGCUCGCUGAAGGGCGGCUACCUGUUCAGCGUGGUGGACCCCGGGGACCAGGUCGUCCAGCUGGGCGUCCACUUGUCUCCGGUGGUCAAGAACAGCUACAACGUGACGCUGGUCUACACGCAGGCCGACCAGAAGGUCAGCCGCAAGCUGGCCAGCUUCAGCGUGGCUCAUGUCCCGGACAAGUGGAACUCGAUCGGCCUCCAUGUGCUCAGCGACCGGGUGGGCUUCUACUAUGACUGCGAACUGCUGAACACCACGAUGGUCACCAAGGAGCCCAUCGAGCUGGUCUUCGACUCGGCCUCCUUCUUGUACAUAGGCCAGGCUGGCCCCACAGUUGGCGGAAAGUUCGAGGGCUAUUUAGAAAAAAUCAAUGUCUAUGGUAAUCCCGAUGCCAUAAACUACACAUGCCAGCCGCCCCCAAAGGCAUCGGUUGCCCCCACAACGCCGGAUGAGGAUUCCCUUCUUGAUGGAUCGGGAGAGGGUUUUACCUUCGAAGAUUCGACUGAAUUCGAUUUUUCCAGCUUUGAUUCUUGGAGUACAAGUUCCGAGGCGACAGACAUCUUCGACGCCAGUGGCAUGCCCCCGGGACAGACGCAGUACACGCACGAGAGACCGUACCGCGGCAUCAAGGGCGAGAAGGGAGAGCGGGGGCCGAAGGGGGACAGUAUACGGGGUCCUCCGGGGCCGCCAGGUCCACCCGGGCCCAAAGGGGAGCCGGCCGUCUAUCCGCCCUUUGUGGAGACAACGAGUGCGGGGGCUAAAUACACUGGCGAGUGUACAUGUAAUGCGUCUGAUAUCCUAGAGGCCAUCAAGGACAACGAGUCGUUGCGGGAGACGCUGCGUGGAGUGCCCGGCAAGGAUGGCAAGGACGGAAAGCCCGGAACCCCUGGUCACACCGGAGCCACCGGAGUGCCUGGAGCCCGAGGCGCCCGGGGGCAGGAAGGUGCCCAGGGGCAGAAGGGCGAGCCAGGCGUCGACGGUAUGCCCGGGGUCGUGGGUCCGCCGGGACCGCCGGGCCCGCCUGGUUUGCCCGAGAAUUACGAUGAAUCCCUAAUGGUCAACUCGAUGGGCUCGUUCCGAGGGACGACGCAACCAGGACCCAAAGGUGUGCCCGGCGAGAAAGGUGAUGCGGGCCAGAAGGGCGAGCGCGGCGAUCCGGGUCACAAAGGUGCCCACGGGCCCAGCGGCGCCAAGGGAGAACCAGGAGAGCCGGGAACGCCCGGACUGCCGGGGCUGCCCGGACAGGCGGGCCAGCCCGGCGGAAUCGAGGGCCUCGCCAACGUCAACGGGACCAAGGGCGAGAAGGGUGAAAAGGGAAUGCGGGGUCGACGCGGCGGCACCGGACCCGCCGGACCGAUUGGACCUCCCGGAAAGCCAGGGCCCAUGGGCGAUAUCGGACAUUCGGGUCGACCUGGCAUGCAAGGACCCAAGGGUGAGAUGGGACCCAAGGGACCCAAGGGAGAUUCCGGAGGCCGCGAAGGGGUGAAGGGAGACAAGGGCGACCGGGGCCAGGACGGACGCGAUGGCCUGCCAGGACCACCAGGACUUCCAGCCGGCGGUGGUGGCGACGGGGACAGCAGCGGCGGAGUACAGUACAUCCCAAUGCCAGGACCGCCGGGUCCUCCGGGACCACCCGGCCUGCCAGGACUUUCCAUCUCGGGACCCAAGGGAGAGCCCGGAAUGGAUUCGCGGAGCAGCUUCUUCGGCGACGCCUCCUACUAUGGACGACCAGGUGCUCGCUCAUCCUUGGACGAACUCAAGGCUCUGCGAGAGCUGCAGGAUCUGCGCGAUCGGCCCGAUGGCACCGCCGAGCCACCGCGCCCCGCAGGACACUCGCACAAGCACGAGGAGGGCCUGGGAGUACCCGUUGAGGGCGAGGAGCUGCCAUACUUUUCGGCAUCGUCGUCGAACAUGAACAUGAAGAUAGUACCAGGAGCCGUCACCUUCCAGAACAUCGAUGAAAUGACCAAAAAGUCGGCUUUGAAUCCGCCGGGCACGCUGGCCUACAUCACCGAGGAGGAAGCCCUGCUCGUUCGCGUCAACAAGGGCUGGCAGUACAUUGCGCUGGGCACCCUGGUGCCGAUUGCCACGCCCGCCCCGCCCACCACUGUGGCGCCCUCGAUGCGCUUCGACCUGCAGUCGAAGAACCUGCUGAACAGUCCUCCGCCCCUCCUCAACACACCCACGUGGUAUCCGCGAAUGCUGCGCGUGGCCGCCCUGAACGACCCCUCCUCCGGCGACUUACAGGGCAUCCGGGGAGCUGACUUCGCCUGCUAUCGGCAAGGACGCCGGGCCGGCCUCCUGGGCACCUUCAAGGCGUUCCUAUCCUCCAGGGUACAGAAUCUGGACUCGAUUGUGCGUCCGGCUGACCGGGACUUGCCGGUGGUAAACACCCGGGGCGACGUGCUGUUCAACUCCUGGAAGGGCAUAUUCAACGGCCAGGGCGGCUUCUUCUCCCAGGCGCCGCGCAUCUACAGCUUCAGUGGCAAGAACGUGAUGACGGAUCCAAGCUGGCCCUUGAAGAUGGUCUGGCACGGCUCCCUGCCGAAUGGUGAGCGCUCCAUGGACACCUACUGCGAUGCCUGGCACUCCAGCGUUCAGGACAAGUCCGGCUACGCCAGCAACCUCGAGGGCCACAAGCUACUAGACCAGAAACGCCAGUCCUGCGACGGCAAGCUGAUCGUCCUGUGCGUCGAGGCCCUCUCCCAGGAUCGCAAGCGAAAGAAGCGCGAUGUGGGCGGCCUCAGCCACCACAAUGGCCGCAGUCACAGCAACGACGAGAGCGAAAGUCUGGAGUUCACCUCGGCGGAGGAGUAUGCGGCGCAUUUAGAAAAUUUACGGCUGUAAGCGGAGCCGGAAGGAAGGAAGUCAGACGAGUCACACCAAACCAUUCUCAUGCAUAAAGGAAAGAAAGGAAAACAAAGAAAAACAAAUCACUACAGAACACAACACGAAACACACACUCAAGUACAUAGAAUGUAAACGUAAAUCAUGGCCAUGCAUAUAAUCAGCGGAUUCCAAAAAGAAACCAAAAAUAAAAGUGAACGAAUACUCAGAAGACCGAUGGAAGUUGCAUAUAAAUACAUACUUAAUAUAUCCGUACACAAACUACUCGUAGGUAAUACCCAAUGUACUCGCCACAUACCCAAGUAUGUCAAAGUAAUACGCAUAUAUCGUGGAUCUAUAUGGGAGUGACUUUUUGUUCAGGACAUCAGAAACCACAAGAAACCACAAUUUUGUACAAGCAGGAACCGUAUUCGUAGUUUGUAAUCUGUAAUUUGUAACUUAACGAUAGCCGUAACCGAAACUAAGUGUAAUUUUUGUAAUUACGUAAGCUCACCCUCGAUACUUAGGGGCGGAUUACAGAUGAUCCAGUUGCCUCCGCCUACGCAUUACUGGCCAAAUUAGUCUCCUACUUAGCUCGUAUGGCAGUGCACUCUAAAAACAACCCGCCCGGGGAUCCAAGACACUUCACAUAACUCUGUAUAUGCGUGUAUAAAUGUGUAUUUUUCUGUCAAAAGACUUCUAGGUGUGUGUAAAUUAUAAGGAAAUCCCCGAAUCCAGCAGUUCCCAACCCAAAAACAGAAAUCUGAAUCAAGAAGCCCUAAACCCGAAACGUUUUUAACUAUCGCAGAAAGCCCACUCUUUAUAGAUACUCCGACCGAUUUCUACUCCUUUCGUAGGUCUGAGAAUCCCACAAUACUCGUAAUCGAAAUCCAAGUUUGGAUGCCAGUUUUUAUAUGCAUCGGUAAAGAGUAAUGGAAUAAUGAAAUUAUAGCAUAACACGCCUCUAUCCAACACAGCCAUACUCACUCGUAAUUUAUUGUCAUUCGAUAACGAAUACUUAACUAAAUUAUAAUUACAGAGCAUAGUUAGUUACAUAAUAAUAAUAUUUCUUUUGCAUUUACUAAUGCAUUUCCAACUACAAAAUUUGUAAUGUAAUUAAAUGUAAUUGUAACGACAAUUAAGGUAUUAAUUUAAACGAUAAACCCAAGAGCGGAUGACACAAACGGAGGCGAUGACAUAAUAUAGUGCGAUUACGAUUAAAGUAAAAUAUAUACAUACAUAUGUUUAGUGAAAUCAAAACUGAAGUGGAGACAAAACCCUCUAGUCCUAAGCGUAAAGUAAAUACAUAAUAGCAUAAUAUAAUUGAAUAAUACGAAGUAAUAAAAACUAAACUAUCAAA